AUGGCAAAGGCGAAUCUCUCGACAACAGCUCUUGUUAUGGCACCAACAGCGAUUGAAGCUCGAGCUGGUCUUAAUCUACAGCGGCGAAAGGCAAUGCCGGCUCUUCCUGUCUCAAUCGAUUUCUACAUUUCUCGGUGUUAUAAGAUGGCUCUGAACGGUGAACGUUUUCUUCUCGCCGAUCACCUUGGUUUCAAGCCUACUAAGAUAACAACUGAUUUUGAAUCGGCACUCAUCAAUGUCAUCAAAGCAGAAGUGAUUCUGCUCUUAUCUGAUCCUCCAGAAAGCUGGAACAAUCGUUUCAACAAGCGUAUGAACAAAACUCAUCCGAACAUGUGGGCAUUCAUCGCUUGUUUACAAGCUGAAGAAGUCAUCUUUCGACAAGUAUUUCUUAAGUUCAAGGCAGGUGCACAAAAGAAAAUAAUGCUGAAUACAUUGACGAUGCAGAAACACAUCGACAAUCUGAACACUCGCUUCAACAAUAAUGAGAUCGAUCGUGUCGAGCUUCUCGACGGACUCUCAUUAUUAGCGGCCUCAAAGAAAUAA